AAAAAACCGCCGCGGACCAGAAAGCGGAGGAAACCGAUAUGUCUGUCUCAGAUGUUACAAUCUCAAACGUUACAAUAGAGUCUGCAAUUUGUCUUGCAUAAACAGCAUGAGUGCCAUACAGAGACUUGGGCUUUUCGCAAUACAAAUUUCGCCAGAUUCUCAUCGGGGUUGGCUCUCCGAAACUUGUCAUGCGCGCUCCUGUGGGAGUAGGCCAGAUGUUGCGCAUUUUGCAACACAAAUUCCGGACUUGCUUGUAACGUUUGAGAUUGUAACACCUGAGCGGGUUAUAACCGAAACUGCGAAGCAGGCAUUGGAAGCAGAGAAAGAAGCCUUGCUCGCUGAGAAGACCACCGCGGAGGAAAAACUGGCGGAAUAUGAAAUGCAAAUAUGUCUGGGUCUGGAAGGGUGGAACUUGUAAUGCUGUCUACGGAUUCUAAAAGUAUCUGUGUUGCAACAUGAGCAGCAAGAGGGGUCCAGUUCUUGGCACGCGGAGAAGCCAUUUCUCAUGCGUGAUAAGCAUCAAGAAGCCGUCAAAGAAUCUGUGAUGCUAGGACCUGCAUCACAGACCUCACGCGUCAUGCAACAUGUGCAUGACAAACUCCGACUCUUCAAGACCCAGACAUAUUUGCAUUUGAUACGGAAUUAGAAAAGUCGAAAGAAGAGCUGGAGUCCGAGCGGGAUGGGCUGCAAGGGGAGAAGCAGGCCGCCGAGGGAAAGGUGGAAGAGCUGGGGAAAGCGAAGGAGGAGCUGGAGAACGAAAAAGAAAAGCUUUCCGCCCUGCAGCAAGACGGGGAGGAGAAAGUCAGUAAAUUGGAGAAGGAGCUCGAGGAAGCCAACUCCGAGAAAGACGGGCUAAAGGCGGAGAAGGAACAUAUGGGAGGAAGAAAGUGUUACAGUUACACAUUGUGUUGCAAAACUGGCAACACAGACAACCUUUCUCAUGCGAGAGCAGGAAACGCUUUGGAGCCUCGUUUCGUUCCUGUUUUCCCUUAUGAUCUUUGCAUUGCAAGUUUUCUCUGUCAUGCGGAGAAAACUUGUGAUGCUGAAGUUACAUCAAAUGUGUAACUGUAACACUUUUUUUGUGGGAUAGAACAGGGCGAGAAGAGAAUAGAGGAACUGGAGAAAACCCUGGAUACCGCCAACACGGAGAAGGAAAAACUCACCGAUGAAAAGAAGGACGCGGUCGAGAAGGGAGAAAAGCAGGAAAAGGAGAUCGAAG